UCUCACCCGGCGGCGGUCGCGGCACAACACGGAAGCGAUGGCGGCCGCGGCCGGGGAGGCAGCGGGAGGCGGCGGCGGCUCCCCGUCCUCCGCCCGGCGGCGGCUGCGCAUCAUCUCCGGGCACCUGCGGGGCUCGCCGCGGGCUCCGGGGCGGGGAGCGCUCUCUCCGAGCCCCUGCAAGGCGCAAGGCGGCUCCGCCGGGCCGGCCUCCGGCUCCAUCCCGAAGAAGCGGCAAGAACUUUUGAAGUGGAAUGGAUGGGGAUAUAAUGACUCCAAAUUCAUCUUCAAUAAGAAGGGUCAAGCAGAAUUCACAGGAAAAAGGUACAGAUUAGGUGGUAUGGUAUUACCAACUUUUAAGGAAUGGAUAGAAAAAACCUUUGGAGCAAGUCUGGAGCACAAAACUACCUCUAGAGCAUCCUUAAAUGUUAAUGAUGUACCUCCAUCCAUUGUAAAUGAAGAAUUUCUUCAGGAUCUUAGAGCCACUAAAAUCUCAUAUUCCCAGGAUGCAGAAGAUAGGGUAUUCAGAGCUCAUGGUCACUGCCUACACGAGAUAUUUGUACUCAGGGAAGGAAUGUUUAAGCGAAUUCCUGAUAUAGUUGUAUGGCCUGUUUGCCAUGAAGAUGUAGUUAAAAUUGUGGAAUUAGCCUGCAAACACAAUCUCUGCAUAAUACCAUUUGGUGGGGGAACAAGUGUCUCUAGUGCCCUUGAAUGUCCUGAAGAAGAAAAAAGAACAAUUGUCUCCCUGGAUACAUCACAAAUGAAUCGGAUUCUCUGGAUAGAUGAAAAAAACUUAACAGCUUGUGUAGAAGCUGGCAUUGUUGGACAAGAUCUGGAAAAACAGCUUGCUGAAAGUGGCUUCUGUACAGGCCAUGAACCAGACUCCAUGGAAUUCAGUUCACUAGGAGGCUGGGUAGCAACACGAGCAUCAGGCAUGAAAAAAAACAUCUAUGGAAACAUUGAAGAUCUGGUGAUUCAUAUAAAAAUGGUGACUCCUAGAGGAAUAGUAGAAAAAAACUGUCAAGUACCUCGCAUGUCAACAGGACCUGAUAUCCAUCACUUCAUUAUGGGAUCUGAAGGAACCCUUGGAGUGGUUACAGAAGUGACAAUAAAGAUUCGCCCGGUCCCUGAAUACCAGAAGUACGGCUCUGUGGUCUUCCCCAACUUUGAGCGAGGGGUGGCCUGCUUGAGGGAAGUGGCAAAGCAGAGAUGUGCUCCUGCAUCAAUUCGCCUUGUUGACAAUGCACAGUUUCAGUUCGGUCAUGCUCUUAAACCACAAGUUGCUUCCAUUUUUACGUCGUUUUUGGAUGGACUGAAAAAGUUCUACAUCACAAAGUUUAAAGGAUUUGAUCCCAACAUCCUGUGUGUAGCUACCUUGCUCUUUGAAGGUGACAGAGAGAAGGUUCUUCAGCAUGAGAAGCAAGUCUAUGAUAUUGCCACCAAGUUUGGUGGCUUGGCAGCAGGAGAAGAUAAUGGGCAGAGAGGAUACAUGCUGACAUUUGUCAUCGCUUACCUUCGGGACCUAGGCCUGGAUUAUUACGUAAUAGGAGAAUCAUUUGAGACUUCUGUUCCUUGGGAUAGGGUUUUGGACCUUUGUAGAAAUGUAAAGGAAAGGAUAGUACGAGAAUGCAAAGAAAAGGGUGUUCAGUUUGCUCCUCUUUCCACCUGUAGGGUGACACAGACUUAUGAUGCAGGUGCAUGUGUCUACUUCUACUUUGCCUUUAACUACAGAGGAAUUAGUGAUCCUAUUCACGUCUAUGAACAAAUUGAGAGGGCUGCUAGAGAAGAAAUACUUGCCAAUGGAGGAAGUCUUUCACAUCACCAUGGAGUAGGCAAAUUGCGGAAGCGCUGGAUGAAGGAGAGCAUCUCUGAUGUUGGCUUGGGAAUGCUGAGAUCUGUUAAAGAAUAUGUGGACCCCAAUAACAUCUUUGGAAACAAAAAUCUUUUAUAAAGCCCUGCACAAAUGAUGUACUAAAAAUUAAAAAUUACUGUUGAAAUUCCUCCACUUUCAUUGUAUUGAUAUCCCAGUAAUCAAAUAUAACAUAGACUAAACUUUCAAAACUAGUAACUUGCAUUGAUUUUUGCUACUCCCUUCCCUCUUUCCCCAAUAAAGUGUAAACAUCA